GUUCCUUGCAAGCGGCAUUCAAGCAAUUCAAUCAGUCCAAUGUUUACACCGAUUUUGGUUUGUUUUUUGCCUUUGAACUUGUCCCAACGAGUUUCCUGCUAAAACUCUGUCCCAACAAGUUUCCUGCUAAGUUUUCUGCACAACUUCCUCGGCAAUCUACUCGACCGCGUUUUCCGGUGGCUCCUUAUUUGCAGAAAGCGAUUGUGGGUGGGUUCACGAGCAAGUCUACAGUGCUGAAGUUCGUUUUUUUUUUCGAUCACGUAGGCGGUAUAUGCCGGGCUGUAUAAAAGUCGGGUGUAAACCUGGAACGUCUCACAUCUCGACUAAGCAAAAUGAAGAAAGCAGAAAUUGUCGAGGCGAAGAAACCGCUGAAAAUAUCCGAAGCUCCGGUGCCGAAACCACCGAAGGACGGAGCUGUAGUAAAGCUUCUGUACAGUGGAAUCUGUCAUUCGGAUAUUCAUCAGAUAGACAACGGGUUUGACGUUGGUAGUAGAUUUACCUGCCUUACCGAUGAUCCAAACUAUCAAUUCCCGAUCGUACCUGGUCACGAGAUGGCGGGCGUGGUCCACUCAUUGGGAGAAAACGCAAAACCUUGUGACUUGAAGAUCGGGGACCGAGUCGCAGUGUUUCCCUGGAUCGGGUGUGGAAAGUGUGGAUAUUGUGAUAAUGGUUACUCUCAGUUCUGCAAGGAGAAACAUCAUACCAUGGGAUUCGGGGCAGUGCCUGGAGGAUAUUCCAACUACACGGUUGUAAUCCACCAUCAGUUCCUGGUAAAAGUUCCAGCUUCAAUACCUCUAAGUAUCGCUACCAUGCUGCCAUGCUCUGGUCUUACAACGUAUAAUGCUGUAACAACUGCAUUACCUGCAAUUAAAAAGGCGACCGCCUUUAAAGGCAAAGCGUCAAUGUUGAUCAUCGGUGCAGGUGGUUUGGGGUUGUGGGCUCUCCAGCUGGCCAAGAAUAUCUUGCCCAAGACCACGAAUGUUGUUGUGGCAGAUCUCAGUGAAAGUAAGCUGGGCAAUGCAAAAGAAAGAGGCGCAGAUGGAACUGUAGCUUGGGAUCCUAGCAAGUCUGAGGAGGAUUUGAUAAAAGCGACAGCCAAACUCGGAAACGAAAUUGGUUAUGACGCAAUCAUUGACUUUGUGAACACAAGAGUCACAUCGACUCGCGCGUUCGAGUGUUUGAACACGGAUGGCCUUCAAGUGUGUGUUGGGUUAUUUGGAGGGUCGGGUAACUUUCCUCUACCAGUUCUCACCCUGAGUGAGAAAGGUGUAAAGGGAGUUUACGUUGGGAGACUUCAGCAACUUAAAGAUCUUAUUGCAUUGGUGUCAACGAACAAGCUCACACCACCCCCACUCAUCUACUACAAACUGGAAGACAUCAACUCAGCCCUGGACCUUCUAAGGGUCGGGAAGAUUAAUGGACGUGGGAUCAUUAAGCAUGAGGGAGCCAACGACGACGCAUAAAAUAUUAACUUGUACAUAAAAUAAUAAACCAGCAUUCGUUCCGUAUUUUGUAAAUAUAAUUCUAUAUGUCCGUUUAGUGUAGUCAUUUUGGGGUGUUAUGUUCAUUGAAUACUUGUAUGUGGGCCAACGCUGUAUUUGUCUUAUCUAUAAUGGUUGAAUGACAUUUCUGUUAGUGUAGUGGAAAAAUAAAUACACUAACAUCGU